UAAACAGACCUCGCUCCCGUCGCCAAGGAGCUGUGUUCGAGGGUCCAGUGACCGCCAUGGGAGUCGCCAGGCGCGCCACGGCCGGCCUCCUCUGGCUAUUGGUGCUAGUGCUGGCCGCAGGAGUGACAUCCACACCGGACAGCUCGCCCGCUCCGCAGACGAUGUCCUCGACCGAGCAGCUGUCCUCGACCGAGCAACCGCCGGCUUCUGAGCAGCUGUCGGCGGCUGAGCAGCUGUCGCAGCUGGUGGAGGCAUCCGUGCAGCGCGUGCUGGAGAGGCGGGCAGCUGCAGCGGACAGCAGCCAGCUGGAGCAGCUGCAGCAUCGGCUGGAUCUGCUGGAGCUGCGGGCGGCAGCCGGUCAGUGUCAGGCGCCCUGGAAGCCGGUCAGGAGUGAGCUGGUCGGAGGAGCGUGCGAAGAAAAGUCGGAGAUGCAACACGACCUGAAGACGGUUCAGGAGGCAGACCCGGAGCCGACGGAGCAGCCGGAGCCGGAGCCGGAGCCGGAGCUGGAGUCGCCGCCGGAGUGUGACCAGUCCCCCAGUCCCCUGUCAGCGUACCAGGCUCCCCACCAGCGGCCGGAGAAGCUCGCCUGCGCCCGCUCCUGUCUGCAGCUGCGUGACCAGGGCGGCGCGCCUCAGGACGGCGUCUACUGGUUCACCGGGAUGCCGGUGCCGGUGCUGUGCGACUUCAGCCACGACGGCGGCGGCUGGACGCUGCUGCUGACGGCCAAAUCCCGCGACGGCUGGAACCUGCUCAGUGUGCGCGGCCGGCGGGAGCGCUCUCCGUCUCUGGACGAUAACUACUCGAUCCUGCGGCACGCCGACACCAUCCGAGACCUGGGCAACGGCACCCGGUUCGCCUACCGGAUCGAGACGCAGGCGGAGAAGGGUCGCCAGCGCUGGGGCGGGGUCUGGGUGGCUCCUCGACACUACAGCUUCAUGGCCGAGUAUCCGGACCAAACGGAGGUGAUAUGCGUCAGGAAGUUUGACAAGUGGGUGUACAAGAGCACGGGCAUUAAUAAGCGCAUGCCUUGGCUGCACAUGCUAAACGCUGAUGUUGGAAAUAGCCCGACAGUGCUUACCACAAAUAAGCCCGGUUACAGCUGGGGCGUUCUGCUGUAUGAUGAAGGCACCACCAGCUACCACCACAGUCCCUGGAGCCACAAAGAUGCUACCAACUCGGGCAAAGUUCUCUAUUGGAUGAGAGAAGAAUUUCUGUGAUACUUCUCUGCGAAGGAGCCUAUAGAUAGGUAUCUAUUUGAAUGCAUUGGACACAGGUAUCCAGUCCGUCCGUUUUUAUCCUAACUGGGAGAAUUAGGUAUAGCUUUCGGUUUGAAUGAUACCUACAUCAAUGGAUGCAGUACAAAGUUCUGCUUAAGUCCUGUUAUUGAUAAUUUCCUCUAGAGACUCCUUAGUUAUUGAUUAUUUCCUCUAAUCAGACUCCUUAGACCAUUGAUACAGAGUACCUAAAGUUAUAUGUUUUCAAUGGAUUUUUAGUUAAGUUUGGAAUUUUGCUGUCGAUUAAUAUUACGUUUACACUGAACGUUUAUAACACCGAUCAAGAAGAUGAAAAAUAGGCAUACUAAAUGCAUGAAGCAUAAAAACAAGACGAGGAAACUGUUGAGCUUGACCACGUUGUGAACAGCAAACAGUGCUCACCGCCUCUGUACAUAUGUACUCGUAUGUGUGUUUUUCUUUAGAUUCAAGCAUGAGGCAAGAAGCGGUUAUGUAUUUUCACAUUAACAAUGCGAAAGCAAAGUUCUUAGUUCAUUUUUCAAUGCUAUUAAUAAAAACGCGUCCGCUUCUC